GAACAAACCUUUUGUCUACGUAGAACGUAGAACGUCCAUAAUCAGUGCAACUCACGUGAUAAAGAAUCUGUUUCUCGGCGAUAUUUUCUGUACAAUUCUUUUCCCUCCAACAUUUAAUUAUAUAUCUAUCUCAUAUCAAGUGCAAAACGUGUGGAACAGUGCAACUACAGAGAACAGACUCGAAAUAACUGAGUGUUAUAUAUAUUUUCUUUAAUAACCUCAACAGAGGCAACAAAGAAAGUUCUAGAAGAUUCAGACAGUCAGGUCAGUCAAUCCUGGUCAAUCUGAUUCGUUCUGUAGUCUCUUGCGUUUUGCUGAAAAGUGAAUUUCUGGAUAUCUGUCCAUUAACAUCCAUUUCAUCUCGGUGUCGUGUAAAACUCGUAAUAUUGUAAAAUCUAGCAACAAUGGCAACAAAGAUCGAGGAGAUAAAAUUAGAUAUUGUGGAGCUCAACAAUUUACUCAAGCAGGCUAAUAGACAACGAAUCAAAGAUAUAUUAAUGCUGGAAAUCAGGAAACUGCAAACACAGAUAGAAACGGCAAAAUUACUGGAACAGAAGAACUCAUCUACGACAACUUCUUCGCUCAAUACUGUCCAAAAGUGUUACGAAGUAAAACUGAACAAUUAUGGAUGGGAUCAGACGAAUACGACAAUGAAGAUUUACAUAACAUUAAGCAAUGUUCACCAGCUGCCCAAGGAGGCCGUUGUCUGCAAUUUUACAGAGAAAUCUCUGAAUCUACGCAUAUUUGGACUAGAUAAUAAAAAUUAUCACUUACCGAUUAACAAUUUGUGUGCGGAGAUCAAUAUUGAGAAGAGUAACUUUAAAAUAAAAACUGAUAUGAUUGUCGUGUCACUCACAAAAAAGAUUGCCAAAGAGUGGUCACACGUCACAUUGGUAGAGAAGAGAAUCAAGGACGCGAAUUCACCAUCCAUGCCUGAGCUAGGUGAGGACACUGAUCCUGGCGCUAGCCUGAUAAAUCUUAUGAAAAAAAUGUAUCAGGAUGGCGACGAUGAGACGAAGAAAACCAUAGCAAAAGCAUGGACUGAAAGUCAGGAGAAAAAAAGAAAUGGUGCAAGUUUAGAUUUGUAAUUUCGGUAUCAAUUUAAUCUAGAUAUGUUUUAUGCAUUUCUUUUUUGAUACGUUAAAAAGUGUAAUAUAAAUUAUAGAGAACGAUGCUCUUAAGAAACGAAAAUGUAGAAAAUGUGAUCAUCUAUAUUUAUCCUUUCUCUCUGUGUAAAGAAAGUAAAAAUACAUGGCAUUGGUGUAACUAUAGGU